GGCGGGGGGGCUGCCGCUGAAGCUGUCAGCUCAGCCUGUCUCGCUCGGGCCCGGCCUCCGCCUGCUACAGCAGAGAGCUUCUUAGGGAGUCCCAGUCCCCCCCACACGCCCCUUCAGCGAGGGGAGAGUCGCGGUGGCCGGGCCGUACGGUCAGUGAGCGGAUCUGCAGGCAGCCCGCGGGGCCUGUUCUGCCCCGUGUUUCUGAGGCUGGUGGUACAGGAUCAAGUCCAUAUGGAGGCUGAAUCUCCUGUUUCCCAUGGAGUCACUGGCAAGGUGAUACAUGCUACUUUCUUAUCAGCCCUGAAGAUGUUGGAUGUUGGAAAAUGGCCAAUUUUUGCUCUCUGCUCUCAAGAAGAACUGAAGUUAAUUCGUCAAGCCUGUGUAUUUGGCAGUGCUGGUAAUGAAGUGUUGUAUGCAACUGAAAAUGAUGAGGUGUUUGUGCUUGGCACCAACUGCAGUGGCUGUUUGGGAACAGGCGACAUUCAGAGCACUAUUGAACCACAGAGAUUAGAUACUUUAUGUGGCAAAAAGAUAGCCUGUCUGAGCUAUGGAAGUGGUCCCCAUGUUGUUGUUACUACUGCAGAAGGAGAAGUGUACACAUGGGGCCAUAAUGCUUAUAGUCAACUGGGCAAUGGUACAACAAAUCAUGGUUUAGUUCCCUGUCAAGUCUCUACUAACUUGGUAAACAAGAAAGUAAUUGAAGUUGCCUGUGGCUCCCACCAUUCCAUGGUGUUAACAUCUGAUGGAGAGGUGUAUGCAUGGGGUUAUAAUAAUUCAGGACAGGUUGGAUCUGGUUCAACAGCUAAUCAGCCAAUUCCUCGAAGAGUUACCAGCUGCCUACAAAAUAAGAUAGCUGUUAAUAUAGCUUGUGGACAGAUGUGCUCAAUGGCUGUUGUAGAAAAUGGGGAGGUCUAUGUCUGGGGUUACAAUGGUAAUGGCCAGCUUGGAUUGGGCAGCAGUGGUAAUCAGCCAACACCCUGUAGAAUAGCUGCUUUGCAAGGCAUUCGUGUGCAGCGGGUUGCCUGUGGCUAUGCACAUACAUUAGUGCUAACAGAUGAAGGUCAGCUGUAUGCAUGGGGAGCCAAUUCGUAUGGUCAGUUAGGCACUGGCAAUAAAAGUAAUCAGUCUUACCCUGCACCAGUUACUGUUGAUAAGGACAGAGUUAUAGAAAUUGCAGCCUGCCAUUCUGCUCACACUUCUGCUGCUAAAACCCAGGGUGGUCAUGUGUAUAUGUGGGGUCAGUGCCGUGGCCAGUCUGUGAUUCUUCCACACCUUACACACUUUGCCUGCACAGAUGAUGUGUUUGCUUGUUUUGCUACUCCUGCUGUGACAUGGCGUCUCCUAUCAGUAGAACCUGAUGACCAUCUAACAGUAGCCCAAUCACUGAAGAAGGAAUUUGACAACCCUGACACUGCAGACUUGAAGUUUCUAGUGGAUGGAAAAUAUAUUCAUGUUCAUAAAGUCCUUCUCAAAAUUAGGUGUGAGCAUUUUCGUUCCAUAUUAAAUAACAAUGAUGAUGAUAUUAUAGAAAUGAGUGAAUUCUCUUAUCAAGUUUACCGAGCCUUCCUGGAAUAUCUGUACACAGACAGCAUCAGUCUCCCUCCUGAGGAUGCAAUAGGACUGCUAGAUUUGGCAACAUUCUAUAGAGAAAAUAGAUUGAAAAAGCUUUGCCAGCAAACUAUCAAACAAAGCAUUUGUGAGGAGAAUGCAAUUGCUCUUCUUUCAGCUGCAGUCAAAUAUGAAGCUGAGGACUUAGAAGAAUUUUGCUUCAGGUUUUGUAUAAACCACUUGACUGUGGUUACACAAACGACAGGCUUUGCAGAAAUGGACCAUGACCUCUUGAAGAAUUUCAUUAGCAAAGCAAGCAGAGUAGGAGCAUUUAAAAACUGAAGAAUGCUUGCUGCAAAGGAAGAUACUUUCAUCAUGGGAACACUUCCCCUUUGAAAAACUUAUCAGCACUCAGAAUGCCUGAAAGAAAACAGGACAACAUCCAGUAAAGUCAGUGUCACUGUUGAUGGGCGGAUUUAGUAAGCUUCCAGGUAGCCUAAUGCACAAGCUUUGUGCAGACGGGUAUGGUAUAGAUAAACAAUAGAUAUAAACAAUCUGCCAACAACUUAGGUUUAAAAAAAAAAUCCUAAUGGAAUAAUUAAGUUUUCCGUUAAAAUCAAGUGGACUGGUCACUGUUUUCCAUUUGUAUUCCUUGUUUUCUUCCUUGAAAUAUUUUCAAAAACAGUUCUUUAACAUCUUCAUCUGAGUUUACUGGAUAGCAUGAAGCUGGCUGUUGCUAAAGCUUCAUUAUGACACCUUUAAGGUCAAUCAAAGUGUGCUACAAGAAGGUUCCUUUCUGGUUAAUUUCUCACACCCUCUAGAGAAGUGUUGAGAUAGACGCUUGUUUUGCUAAAGAUAGGAUAAAGGAAUAUAUCAUACAAAUCCCUCUUAAACGAGCCCCUAAUGUAAAGAAAAAGCCACUGAAUGGAUACUUUGUAAAUUAGGAGCAGCAAAGGCUCAAGAGAAGACUAUGCUGAAUUUAUUUAAGUAUGAAGGACUUAUUUUAAAGGGCUAGUUUUGAGUUCUUGGCUCUUAAAGUCAUUUUCUCAGACGAAAAAGAAUUGGUUAUUUUUCCCAGGGACUUUACCUCACCUUUCCAGUGGAACAGUAACUUCUAAUUGGUUUUGUCACAUAAUGAGUUAUUUCACUGUUAGUUUUGCUGCUCAGAAACACACCUCUUCACCUGCCAUGAAAAAGAAACUCAACAAAAAGGAAUUAUCAGUUGACUUUUCUACUGGUAUUUACAGAUAAGACAGGUACUUGACAUGAAUUAUGUGUGGGGGAGGAGGGAUAGGGAAAGUUAUAAAUCAAUUCAAUGAUGAAAUCAUGAAAAUUAAACUCAAAGUCUUUUCAAGUGGUAACCAGGUGCCAUUCAAACACUUGCUAAAGCAAUAGGUGGAGGAGGUUUCAGUAUGCUAAUGCUUGCGUGGAAAGACUUUUGCACUGUGGUACAGGAUGCUGAGAUUAUAAAAUGUUUAUCAGUUUUGGUUUCUGUUAUGAUACAGAAGAUUAAUUUGCGUGUAAAUUACUUAAUCUAAUUUCUGUUAAAAGAGUAGGUGAACUGGCUUUAAAAACUGAUGAGCCAGUGGUUAGGACAUGACCCUAGCCUUGCUCUGUCAUAGACAUCCUGUGUGCCCUUGGGCACGUCUACACAGCAGCUGGGAGAUGUAAUUCCUAGUUCUGGUUCCAUACAGCUGCUAGCUCUGCUCCAGUUAGCACCUAAAAAAUUGCAGUGUGACCAUCCUGGUGUUACCCCCAAAACAGACCCACGGUACCACCAGAAUAGCUUAUCUAUUGCCCCCUCCUGGGUUUAGCAGAGGUUCCCUUCCAGGUAGCCUCCUAAUUUAUUACUCUGUUUCUGCAGGGUGAAAGGGGACCUGUCCUAGAGGAAUUACUCAGGUUUACUAACAGUUCCUUUUUAGAAAAACUCCCCAAAAUAUCUUAGACCAGUUACCCUUGGGAGGACUUGGAUACAGCCUUCCAAUAGAAUUGCUAGAUACACAGGCAGUACUUUUCCAAAACAAAGUAUCUUUUAUUAUAAUAGCACACUGAUGAUCCCUGGCUACAAUGUAAUCUAAGCAUAAAGCUCUAGAAAUAAAUCCCUUAACACAAUUUCUUAAUACAGGUUUAAAAAUAUCCCAACUGCAAUGUCAUACAAUUAGAACAGUAUUAAGUGUUGCACUCUGCAUACGGUGCAGUCGCUGACAGCAAUCUUAAAUCUUCACCUUUAUACAUCUAAAACAAUGUAACAUUCAUAACACACACCUUUAUUAACCCAGACAAACAUACACAGGCUCAUGAAUACUAUUUCUGUUCUGUAUUUGCAGUAUACCUAGCACUCUUACUUGCUGUAGGCAUCUUUCCCUCUGCUCUCUCAGGGUCCAUUCUGUUCUAUAGUGCUGCCAAUAUAGUUACAGGGAUAGCUCAGUGGUUUGAGUAUUGGCCUGCUAAACCCCAGGUUGAGAG